GCAACAGUUGAGAAUUUGACUUCGAAGGGAACGGUAAAACAGACCGCUUCCAACGCUCUCUGGAAUAAGCUCCAUGCGCGUCGUGGGUGACAAAUAACAGCAACUACUCUACACACAAUUCCGUGCAGCUAUUGACAACGCGAGAGCCAUGACAGCGACCAAAGAUCCCAAGGAUCAGGUGCCCAAGACAACGACGCAGCCGGCCCAAAAGAAUGGCGCCGCUGGGGGAUUAAUGAAGCGCCUGCGACGCUCCGCCUCUGUAACGGAACAUAAUCUAAACAAUCUGCGCAAUCGCAACUCCACGCAGCAUCUGUUCGAUCAGCAUGGCAAUCCGAUUGAUCUGCGUCAGUAUCGCAAGGUGCUGGACAAGGAUGAGAACGGCAACGGCACCAGCGAGAAGAAGCUGCGCUACAGACGAACCCAGAGCGUGACACGAGCCGAGGAGAUCUCCAACAAGGAGGCCAAACUGCGCAAGGCACAGCCCGACAGAUCCAUUCAUCGUCCCCGCGAUUCGUUGUUCUCCUGGAGCUCAGGAUUUACCAACUUUACGGGCCUGGUCAACUGGGGCUUUCUGCUGCUCUGCAUAGGCGGUUUGCGUUUGGGUCUAGAGAAUCUGAUCAAAUACGGCAUACGCAUCAAUCCUAUUGAUUGGUAUUUCUUUGUGAGCGGACGCGAUCAGGGCGAAGGUCAUAAUGCUCUAUUUCUAAUCUUGUACUCUUUUGUGCACAUCUCCCUCUGUUUGGCCGUCGAAAAGGGUUUGGCCCUGGAAAUAAUAUCCGAAGGUCUUGGCAUGGUUAUUCAAAUUGCAAACAUAAUUUUUUCGGUUUUAUUGCCGGUGGUAAUAAUACAUCUCAAAGGAUCUGCAUUUAGCAUAAUGGGUGCAACUACUGUGUGUUUCUACUAUUCCGUACUGUUCCUUAAGCUCUGGAGUUACGUGCAGACUAAUAUGUGGUGUCGGAAGACCUAUUACCAAAGGCAGCCACGCGAAAGACGACCAAGUAUUACGGUAGCAGAGCUGAAGAGAAAGCAUUCGUCUGGUGGCGAGGAUGAUGAAGAUGUAGCUAAGUUGGUUCAAUAUCCCGAAAACUUAUGUUACAAGGAUAUUAUGUACUUUUUGUGCGCACCAACUCUUUGCUAUGAAUUGAAUUUUCCACGCACUUCGCGCGUCCGCAAGCGUUUUUUACUGAAACGUUUGCUGGAAGUGCUGAUUGGUGUAAAUGUUUUGAUGGCCUUGUUUCAACAAUGGAUUAUACCCUCAGUGCGCAACUCUUUGAUACCAUUCUCCAACAUGGAUAUGGCUCUGGCCACAGAACGUCUGCUGAAACUUGCACUUCCCAAUCAUUUAGUCUGGCUGAUCUUCUUCUAUCUGCUGUUCCACUCUUUUCUGAAUGCCAUUGGCGAAGUGCUAUAUUUCGCAGAUCGCAAUUUUUACUGUGAUUGGUGGAAUGCAAACAAUAUUGACACAUUUUGGCGUACCUGGAAUAUGCCGGUGCAUAGGUGGUGCGUGCGUCAUCUAUAUAUACCCGUUGUACAAAUGGGAUAUUCGUCCCGCCAAGCAUCCACAAUUGUAUUCCUAUUCAGUGCCUUUUUCCAUGAGUAUUUGGUUUCAGUGCCAUUGCAAACGUACAAGAUUUGGGCUUUCCUCGGCAUGAUGGGUCAAAUACCGUUAUCAGCAAUAUCUAGAUAUGUUGAGCGUCGUUUGGGUCCGCGCAUGGGAAAUAUUAUUGUUUGGGCAUCUAUUAUAUUGGGACAACCAUUGUGCAUUAUGGCCUAUUAUCAUGACUAUGUCAUUACACAUUAUCAGAAUGCACUUAAUGGCACUGAACACAGGUAGACUUUGAGUAAUAUUAUCUGGUCCGUACUUUUCUCUAAUUAUAAGCCAAAUGCAAGUUGA